GCAGGGGGGCGCAGUUCUCCGCCAGGUGCGCUUUCCUUCAUAUCCAUCCUGCACCUUACCAUCCCAGCGCCGCUGCUGCUGCUGCUGGUAGUGGUCGUGGCUGCUUUAUCGCUUCCUCGCCACCCUCAGCCCACUUCCUCUUCUUCUUCUCUUUUUUCUUCCUCUUCUUCGCGGAGAGGGAGCGGACUUGAUGCGCAUAAUAAAUCAUCUCUGCAAGAUUCCUUUCCAAUCCCGUUUUCAGACCCCUUGCGUUUGUUGGAUUUGAGAGCGUAAACACGGGAGAAGAGUCGAGCCUCUUUAACUGGGGGAUGUUUCAAAUGUGAUUCAGCAGCACGGCAAACAACGUGGGUGUUGUGUGUGUGUGUGCGCGCGUGUGUGAGUGAGUGAGUGCGUGUGCGUGUGUGUGUGUGUAUGUUAUUUUUUUUGGUGGGGAGUGGAGGAAGAAGGAGGAGAGCAGCGAUAUGAAACGCGUGUGUUUAUACCUCCUGCGUUACCCGUUAUCGCUGACUGACCACCGGCUCAAUUUCACCUGUAUGAACGACCUUGCGAUUGUGACCGAAAUUUUCCUAACGAGGUUUCCAUGGAGGAUCAAUCUGUCGCUUUAUCCGUGAGGGCUGCAUUUGGUUCCUGUUGGUCUCAAGAUAUUUCAAGAUAAGAGGUCAAGCUCCCUCUCUCUCGGAGAACACGAGUGCCAUUUCAAAGCUUAUUGGAUGAAAGUCUCAUUUGCCCUUGGCUGCCAAAGAUGAUGUUGCUAUGGAAACAGCUUCUACUGUUAUCAAUCAUCGACUGUCUGGCAGAUUGUCUGGACAGUGGAUCAUACCAUGGUCCACGAUGGAGGAUGGAGCCAGGUGACUUGUUCAUCCCUGUCGAGUCCAUAGAGGAAGAAGCUACUCUGACUUGUGACGCUAAGGGAACGCCGCCUCCUCAGUACAGAUGGUCGUUGAAUGGGACUCUCAUAAAUCUGGGCUUGGAUCGCCGGAGGCGUCUGUCUGGGGGCAACCUCAUUAUAAGCAGUCUGGACCGCCACCAGGAUGUAGGGAUGUACCAGUGUAUGGCCUACAACACUGUAGGAGCCAUCCUCAGCAGGAGAGCCAGUCUGCAGUUUGCCUACUUAGAUCAUUUCAAAGUCCAUACCAGAAGCGCGGUGUCAGUCCGAGAAGGACAAGGAGUGGUGUUACUUUGUGGAACACCUACUUCCUCAGGAGACCUUACUUAUGCAUGGGUCUUCAAUGAGUACCCAUACUUUGUUCAGCAAGACAAUCGGCGUUUUGUCUCCCAGCAGACGGGAAACCUUUACAUUGCCAAGGUGGAGCCCUCUGACGUGGGUAACUACACUUGUGUGGUGAUGAACAGCAUCACAAAGGGCAAAGUGCACAGCUCACCUACGUCUCUGAUCCUGAGGACAGAUGGAGUAAUGGGUGAAUACGAGCCGAAAAUAGAAGUUAAUUUCCCAGACAACGUGCCCGCCGCAAAAGGAUCAACAGUUACACUGGAGUGUUUCGCCCUUGGGAACCCCGUCCCAGAGAUCACUUGGAAGAGGGCUAAUGGCGUCCCCUUCCCCAGCAAAGUCAAAAUGAAGUACUCCAAUGCCGUGCUGGAGAUCCCCAGCUUCCAGCAGGAUGAUACGGGGGGAUACGAGUGCGUGGCCGAAAACAAGAUGGGGAAGAACACGGCUGCGGGUCGACUGGCUUUUUAUGCCAAGCCUCAGUGGAUCCAGACCAUGAAGGACACGGCCCUGGCCAUAGAGGAGAGACUGCACUGGGAGUGUCGAGCCAAUGGCAGGCCCAGGCCCUCCUACACGUGGCUGAAGAACGGCCAGCAGCUUCUCUCGGAGGACAGAAUCCAUGUGGAGGAUGGAGUCCUGUCAGUGUCGGUGCUGACACUAUCUGACGCCGGCAUGUACCAGUGUGUGGCCGAGAAUAAACACGGCAUCAUAUAUUUUGCUGCUGAACUAAUGGUUUUAGCCUCUCCUCCAGACUUCACAGGGAAUGUCCUCAGAGCUUUGCUCAAAGCCAAGGCAGGAACUACAGUGACUUUAGAGUGCAAACCCCAGGCCUAUCCCCUCGCCAGCAUUUUAUGGAAGAAAGGAAACCUGCCUAUUCACACCAAAGACAGGAUCACGCUUUCCCCAGAUGGAACUCUGAGGCUCGCCAACGUGAGCAAGUCCGAUGCAGGCAGCUAUACGUGCUUCGCUAGGAAUAGAUUCGGCAUGUCGAGCACAACGGGAAGGCUCCUUGUUACCGAUCCAACCAGAAUCAUCCAGGGGCCGGUGAACAUGGAGAUCAUUGUGGGCGAGAGCAUCGUGUUACCGUGUCAGGUCGCCAGUGACCCCGUCCUUGACGUCUCUUUCUCCUGGGCUUUCAACGGACAGCUCAUUGCCAAGGGAGACGGUCACUUUGAGCUGGUGGGCGGGAGAACAGCAGGAGAUCUGAUGAUCAGGAACAUUCAGCUUUACCAUGCCGGCAAAUAUAUCUGUGUGGUGGACACAGACGUGGAGAGCCUGUCAGCCGUGGCUGUAUUGAUUGUGAAAGGCCCCCCCAGCCCACCAGACUCUGUGACGGUGGAGGAGGUGACAGACAGUACAGCCCAGCUGACGUGGAGCCCCGGCAGAGACAACGGCAGCCCCAUCACCAAUUACCUCAUCCAGACAAGAACUCCCUUCACUGUGGGCUGGCAGAGGGUUAACACAGUCCCUGAGAUAAUCGAUGGGAACACACUGACGGCCACUGUAGUGGACCUCAAUGCCUGGGUGGAGUAUGAGUUUCGGGUUUUGGCCAAGAACAGUGUUGGGGUUGGAGAACCCAGCCCUGUGUCUGUCAAGACCAGGACAGAAGACGCAGUUCCUGAUGCAGCGCCAGGUGAUGUGGGUGGAGGAGGCGGAAGCAGAUCUGAACUGGUCAUCACAUGGGAGCCCGUCCCCGAAGAACUACAGAAUGGUGAGAGCUUUGGUUACAUCAUUGCUUUCCGUGCCUUCGGAGAAGUCACCUGGACUCACGUGGCCACCUCUGCCCCCGGCGCCUCGCGCUAUGUGUACCGCAACGACAGCAUUGCGCCCUUCUCUCCAUUUCAUGUCAAGGUUGGCACUUACAACAGCAAAGGACAGGGUCCCUUCAGCCCCGUGGUCACCAUCUACUCUGCGGAGAUAGAGCCAAGUGGGAUGCCAGCAGGAGUUUGGGCCAGAAGUGUCUCAGCCUCUGAGAUUGAGGUGAAUUGGCAGGCUCUCUCCUUCACCCCUGAAAGGGUUCUGGGCUAUGAGGUGGUUUACUGGGAGGACGACACUAAACCGGAGACCCUGGGGAAGGUCAGGGUGCCUUGGAACCAAACCUCGGUCACGGUGAGCGGCUUGGCGGGAAACACGCAGUAUUUCCUUACAGUCAGCGCCUUCAACACAGCAGGCACCGGCCCCUUCCUCCCGGCAAUCAAUGUUACCACAAAGAAGCCACCACCAGCCCAACCUCCACUGAAUGUUGAAUGGACCCUAAUUGGCUCUCAGCUGUCGCUUUACUGGGAACCUGUGGUGGCAAUGGAAUCAGAGUCUGAAGUUACAGGCUACCAACUGUCAUACAGGAGACAGAGACACAAAGAGGUAAACACGCUCACAACGGUCAACUCGACGGCAGAGCUGACCCUUCCUGAAGACGACGAUGACUACAUCAUCCACAUUCAGACGCUGAGCGAAGGGGGGCUCGGCCCGGCCUCUGACCCCAUACGAAUCCACCAAUUAAGUAUGAGUGCCCGUGGCUCAAGAGCCUGGAGUGUGGACGUGUCCCCCCUCUCCCUGCUCCUCGCCAUUGCAAUAUCAACAUUCAGGUCAACGUCGUGACGCACUGAAAGACUGCUCUUUUUCACCGUUCAGUAUUGGUAUUUUUAUCUUUAAUUCGUGAAAGUUGUCAAGUUUUUUUUUUUUUCUUUCCUCUUUUUUUGGAGGUGACACCAUACUAUUUUGCAGUGUUAGUUUGCAGGUACGAAGCAGCACCAGAGCGGAGCGUGCUGUCAGAUACUUAAAUGCUUGAGCUUUUUUUGUUUGUGGUUUUUUUUUUUUUUGUUUGUUUUUUUUUUUUUAGGUCUGUUUUGACAUCUUUGCAGGUUGGGAACAAUGCUCCAUUUCAACUGUUUUUUUUUUUUUUUGUUUUUUUUUGACUCUAGAAUGAUACUGAUGCCUUAUUUCCAUUCAUGUGCCAAAGUAGUUUCAGCCUUCUUGUCGUUAUUGCUAAGAUAGCUACAUGCUUUCCUCAACAUUUUAUUCCUUGCAGUUUAUUAUUACUGAAGGUCUCUGCGUAUUUUCCGGAGGGCCGUGAUGAGAAGUUGUGUUUUGUACUCUAUUUUCAGUUUUCCUCUCUACAUCUGAAUCGGCGAGUAGGAACAUGUUCAUUCACCCGUGCCCGUGCCUUUGGAGAUUCUUGUAAUGGCGUAACUUAUAGACACUCGUCAGUGAUAACUUAGUGUUUCAGGACACACCGCAGCCAUCUUCAUCUUUACGUGCUCCAUUAAAAGUUGGUUGUGUCCCAGAUGAAACAUCAUAAAAUAGCCCACAGUGCCAGUGUUAGCCAUUUACCUUUUAUCAUUUGAUUGUGGAAAGCUGAAUGUACUAUGAGGGCUUCUAAAGGUUUUAAAGCCUCAGACCAGUUAUUGUGAUGGCCCACUGAUUGAUGGAUUGGACUUAACUCUGCAUUUACAAAGAUUACAUUUGCUUGUAUACAGCAGUAGUGGGAGACAUAUACAGCAGCCAGUGUAUUUCCUUCUACACUAGUGCUGACACAGUCAGUCAAUCAACAGAAAAUAAUCAACAAGGAUCAUUUAAGUCAUUUAUCAAGGAAAAAUGCCAAACAUUCACUGGUCUCAGCUUCUCAAAGUUGCCUCUUUUCUCUGUUUUAAACAUACGGUCUAAUACAAGGUGUAUGUUACAUUACAAUCCAUUUACCUCCAACGUGGAGGGAAUUAUCCAGCUUUAUACUAUAACCACUUGUCAUCAAAUUGGAAAUAUCGUCCCUUAUACAAUAAGAUUCUUCUCACUUCUCUGUUGGUACAUUAAUAUCAUGAAAUACACAGUGAUUUCUGUCAUUUGUAGAAUUGCUGCUGCAGCUAAGCACCAAACAGCAGAUAGUAGGAAGAGGUUGUGUUCCACAGUGAUGGGCUAAAUGUUUUAGCCUUGUUCCAGACCUUCUAUCACAUGAAACGAGGCAAAAUGGUAAUUCAGUUUAAUCAUCAUGCUAUAGUAGAGUCCAGAUCCUCACUUAUUAUACAGUCACAUUCAGAGAGUUAGAUGACAGUAUCAGUACCACUCUCACAUCUGUCUGAAGCCAGGAGUCAAUUAGCUUAGCAUAGCAUAAAGACUGGAGGCGGGGGGGAACUGCUAGCCUGGCUUUGUCCGUCGUUCACAGAUACUCCCACCAGCACCUGUGAAGCUCACAAAUUAACACACUGUAUCUGCGACUAUUGAAUCGAUAAGGGGCCAGCAUACUUCAUCAGGAGUGCUUGUCGGAUGGUCGGCUGCAUAGCUGAUGCAGAGACAUGAGAGUGGUACUGAUUUUCUCAUCUAACUCAGAGCAAAAAAGCAAAUUUCCCAAAACAUUGAACUAUUCCUUUAAAGAGUAAUUUCAGUGAAUGCGCUCAAAUUUGGAAAGUAACACAGUUAAACUACAAGAAUGAAUGUAGAAGUUCAUUCUUGACAUCUGGAAUAAUAGUUUGACAAAAUAAUUGCACCUCAAAAUCCACUUACCAGCUUUAUCCAGAGCUUUCAACCACACACUAUAUCAGCAAAUGAAGAGCUUACUCAGUUGCCAAGGAUCUUCAUGAGAACAAAGUUCCUUACUUUGGUGCAAUUUGAGAAAAGAUUAUUUUGUCAAACCAGUUAAACACUGGUGUAUUAAUUUAUAAUAGUAAACUAUCUACUACUAAGUGUCACAGUUCUCAGUGGUCACGGUAUAUAGUCAAAAGGAAAAUUCUGUGUGUGGGUUUUGGACUUGGUCAAACAAUGGUACCUUGGGCACUGGGAAGCAGUGAUACACAUUUUUCACUGUUCGCUGACAUUUGAGAGACUGAGCUAUUAAUAGGAAAUACAACAGUGUGAUUCAUCAAUAAUGAAAAUAAUCGUCAGUUGCAGCUUUAGUCUGCAUCCAUCUGGGCAGCACACACAGCUAGUGCCAGUCAACGUGCAUCAUCAGCCAUCACAGUCGAGACAGGAGGUUUAAAGUGCUGCCGAUUAUGCCAGUGUGAUAACUGAAAUCUAGCCACCAGCUUAGACAUUACUUGGCAAAAUGUAUGGUCAGCUGUGUUUUAAUACUUUGUGAUUCUGUUGUUUGUCGUCAGUUGUAUUGGCCUUUUUUUACGUGGUAUGUGUUGUCAUUGUUCAUUUAUGUAUUCAGCGUAACCUCACUGCUCAGGUAUUCAGACCUGCUUCACCAUAUCUUUCAAUCGCUCUAAAAUGGCAGGAGCAGAGAGAGCAGAAAUCUGUCAGCACAGGACACACGGGUCUGACUUGACAAAUGGAAAGCCUGAUAUGUGCCGUGAUUUAGCAGACACUGAAACAUCUCAAUAAAUUAGAGCAGGCCUGGGGGGCUUCUAUGGGAAAGGGCAGAGGAAUAAUGGUACUAAUGACACCCACACAAGACUAAUAUAUCAGGAUUUAGUGAGGACUAAAUCAGGACAAUCCCAUCAAGAUGAAAACCAGGAAGAUUCAAGGGUGUGUGUGUGCGUGUGUGUGUGAGCAUGUGCGCGUGCGUGGUUAUUAUAUUACCCUGCGGUGUCAUGGACAAGAGUUUUCAAGAAGACCAUUCAGCUGAAAAAAAAAAAGUUCAAACUCAUUUUUUUAUACUUAACCAUGGUUCAGGGCUUUGAGCAACUGAAGCAUUGCGGACAUUCAAAUAGAGUAAUACGAGGUCACUAUGGGAGGUAGAAAAAAUACGUUUAAGCCAGGAUGGGAGUUGAAACGUCUGCUUUUCUAUCAAAUUACAGUGGAUAGCUGGGGCAAAGGAACAACUGGGGUAGAAAAGCUCCAGAAUCCAAGGCCAGGUCAGGUGCACCUUGCUAGAUAAAAAUUUGUAUUAAAGGUGAAGAAAAAAGCUUUUCUUCCCUGAUCAGUGUUAAUACCUUUCUGAAAGCAGUCUUUGAAUCCUGUUACGUUGUUUUUGUGGCUUUACGUGUGGUUAAUCUGUAUCCAUUCUUCCAUCACAGAAUGUCAUUGUUAAACUAACAGAUGUUUACACAGGAAAUGCAUCUUUCUGGCUGAUUUUAUUGAUUAUAUGAACUUGAAAAAAAAGACAACAUUACACCGUUUAUGAACUUGUGUCUUGGAACAUAGAAGCAUUGCCAACCUCUUUGUUUUGUAACGUAUCAGUACUGUGGAGAUGUUUCGAUUUUAGCCUUGAUUUUCUCUCUUUUUUUUUUUUUUUAAAUGUUUGCUAUGGUUCCUGAUUGUUUCUUUAUUUUUUUUCCUUCCAAAAAAUUCUGCACAAAGGUCAAGUGUUGCUUUAAAAGAACAAUUAAGAGCCAGCGUUGGCUAAUUCAAAAAGCCAGUGCAAUGAGAUCUCUCUUUCCUUCGUACAGUUUACUGGACAUACUGUAAUGUGUUUUGUUGUGAUUUGAAGCAACGCCACCCCCCCUCGCCCCCACACCCUCCAACUGGGAGACCAAAUUGUGGUGUCCUACUUCCAAUUGUAAUUCUCAGUCAAACCCAGAAUCUGAAAAAAACAUGAGCAGAGAGUAACAUUUCCUAGGAGCUGCUAUCACACACAGCCUUUUGGUGCAGUGACACAAACACUACCUGUUACAAGGUAGUCGGCCAGUGCACGGUAGAUAAUACUUGUAGUACUAUCUACUAGUACUUUUUGUCUUUUUAUACCAAUACAACUUUACAAUUUUCUUGAACCUUCAGGAUCAGAAAAGGCAGAAUUAAUAUUGAAUUAUAAAAUUGAUCAGAAAAUGUAAAAAAUGAAAAAAAAAAAAAAAAAAAAGUUACCCAAAAUUUGUAAUUCCAUUAAGAGUAAUGAAGAAAUACAAUUUACAGCUCUGGGUGACAACGCUUGGCCUUUCUGUUGUGACUCCUCAGUAUUUUGAUGUCCAGGUGAUCUCUGUGAGAUCGUGGCAUAAGCGUUUUCACAUUGAAAAGACAUCAGCUGAUCUUGAUAUGCUGAAGCUGUGCAUGUAUGAUAUUGUUUGGUGCAUUUGUGUUUUCUAAAUGAGGGAGUUAAUAAAAACAGUUCACUGAG